AUGCGAAUCGCGAAUCGGGGGCGGGCCUUGGGGAUAACAUCAUCUGAUGCCGCUCGGCUCUUGCUGUUUCUGGCCAAGAUCCAUGCGCAGGAGUCGCGACGCUGGACUGGACUCGGCGGGGUCCGAAUGUAUAUCGUAUACAUCGCUAUCUGCGAUCCCGAGUAUACCGGUCGUGGCGCGACGGAUCUGCUAUCUCCCGCCUGUCCUCCGGUGCUGCAUAUUCUGUAUCGGCAAAAUCGAGGAACUCCUUCUCGGGGUCCACUCGUUGAUAGUUGCGAGGCAAUAACCAUCCGCGAGCCCGAGGACGCGGAGCACCGACGCGGUUACUUGGGAAACGCGUCUGGCGACGCGCCUCCACUCGAGUGGGGUCAUUUGGUCCAGGACGGCACAGAGUGGAAGGUCGUCGUCAAAAUGGCAUUUGGGUGCAUCGGUACUCCGUUCUCCAAGCAGAGUGCUGUGCUCCCCCUCGCCUCCAGUAGACUGAUAGAUAUUCGCUUCGUCAGCGACACGUUACCUUGUCCAUCCCAUGAGCGCAAACCCCCUGGUAAGCAAGCACCAGCAAAUCCCCGAGGUUACGCGGACCACCCAGAGGACCAUCGCAGUCUCAACAAAACUUCCCUGGGCUGGGAUUCAAGCGGUGAACCGGGGAGCUUGAGCUUUUCACCACCUCAACGCACUAUACGGAAGACUCCGUCGCCGCAGCCGAUAGGGGCCCUGCAGGAGGAUGUGAUUUGA